GGAUUACAGGCGUCCACCACUGUGCCUGGCUAAUUUUUUGUAUUUUUUAGUAGAGAUGGGGUUUCACCAUCUUGGCCAGGCUGGUCUCGAACUCCUGACCUCAUGAUCCACCCACCUCAGCCUCCCAAAGUGCUGGGAUUACAGGUGUGAGCCACCGCGCCCAACCAGCUAGGGUUUUGAAGGUAUGAAGUUAUAAGAGGGCAUGUUAAAGACAGGAGGGUUGGCCAGGCACGGUGGCUCACACCUGUAAUCCCAGCACUUUGGGAGGCCAAGGUGGGCGGAUCACCUGAAGUCGGGAGUUCGAGACUAGCCUGACCAACAUGGAGAAACCCCGUCUCUGUUAAAAAUACAAAACAAAAUUAGCCGGGUGUGGUGGCAGGCGCCUGUAGUCCCAGCUACUCAGGAGGCUGAGGCAGGAGAAUGGCAUGAACCCGGGAGGCGGAGCUUGCAGCAAGCCGAGAUCGCACCACUGCACUCCAGCCAGGGUGACAGCGAGACUCCGUCUCAAAAAACAAACAAAAAAAACAAAACAAAAAAACCCUAGCUAUAUACCCUCACACCGUACAAAACAAAACAAAACAAAAUUAGCCAGGCGUGGUGGCGCAUGCCUGUAAUCCCAGCUAUUUGGGAGGCUGAGGCAGGAGAAUCACUUGAACCUGGGGGGCGGAGGUUGCGGUGAGGCAAGAACAUGCCAUUGCAUUCCAGCCUGGGCAGUAAGAGCGAAACUCCUUCUCAAAAACAAACAAACAAACAAAAAACAAAAAACCCAAAAUAGACAGGAGGGUCAUAAGGGGAGGGUUGCCUGUGUGUCCCUCCAGGUUGUGCAGAGGGGAUUAGAAGUAAGUAGGUUAGAGGGGAGGUGGAGGGAGUGUGCUGGGGUGUGAGCUUUUAUGAUGCUGAAAGGAUCAUGAUAUGCUAAGGACAGGAUAGUGUUGGGUUGUACACACAGGUGUAGGCAAUCCUGGUGGCUAGUAUGUAAAAGUGAAUGUCCUGACUCCCUUAGAGGGUUCCUGCAGAGUGCCCUUGGAGGGACUAGUGCUGGAGAAAUUAACAGGAGAGGGGACGGGCAUCCAUUAACCUUUUCUUGCCUGCAGCCUGUAGGGUCCAGCGUCAAAGCGAAUCAUGGGGUCCAGGGCUGAGCUGUGCACUCUCUUAGGCGGAUUCUCCUUCCUCCUGCUACUGAUAUCAGGCGAGGGGGCCAAGGGUGGAUCCCUCAGAGAGAGUCAGGGAGUCUGCUCCAAGCAGACACUGGUGGUCCCGCUCCGCUACAACGAGUCCUACAGCCAACCAGUGUACAAGCCCUACCUGACCUUGUGCGCUGGGAGGCGCAUCUGCAGCACUUACAGGACCAUGUACCGCGUUAUGUGGCGGGAGGUGAGGCGGGAGGUUCAGCAGACCCAUGCAGUGUGCUGCCAGGGCUGGAAGAAGCGGCACCCGGGGGCGCUCACCUGUGAAGCCAUCUGCGCCAAGCCUUGCCUGAACGGAGGCGUCUGCGUUAGGCCUGACCAGUGCGAGUGCGCUCCCGGCUGGGGAGGGAAGCACUGUCAUGUGGGCAGCUUCACCUGCGGCUGCCCCCAUGACCUAGUGCUAAGCGUGGACGGGCGCACCUGCACGGAGGGGUCCCCAGAGCCCCCAACCAGUGCCAGCAUACUCAGCGUGGCCGUUCGGGAGGCGGAAAAAGAUGAGCGCGCUCUGAAGCAGGAGAUUCACGAGCUGCGAGGGCGCCUGGAGCGGCUGGAGCAGUGGGCCGGUCAGGCUGGGGCCUGGGUCAGAGCGGUGCUGCCCGUGCCGCCUGAAGAGCUGCAGCCAGAACAGGUGGCUGAGCUGUGGGGCCGGGGUGACCGGAUCGAAUCUCUCAGCGACCAGGUGCUGCUGCUGGAGGAGAGGCUAGGUGCCUGUGAGUCCUCACGCUCCUCCCGCCUUGACUUCUAUUCCCCAACUUUCCCCAAGACCCCUCUCCAUUCAGGCAUUCCCUCUUUUCUCCAAGCCCCUCUCCAACAUUCACUAUCCUCAUGCCUCUCCACUUUACCAUCGUUCUCUUCUGAAAUCCUGUCCCCAGCCCAACAGUUUCACUUAUUGUUUGGUGAGAGUGGCAGUGUAGUCCACUCCAGGCUGACCACAGCCACUGUGUCUGCCAUGUCAUUAACCAGGCUCCUGUGAGGACAACAGCCUGGGCCUCGGCGUCAAUCGAUAAGAAGCCUCUACAGCACCCCUGCCCCCUAAUUUAUACAGAAACCGGACCCACUAAUCCUCUGGGAUUGGCCGACUGUGAGCUGCAGAUAAGGCUAUCAGCCACCAAAGAGCAAUGAACAAUGGAAACUUCAGAGAGCUGAAGAAAGGGGGAGGCCUGUGUUCUUGGCCUGCCCCUGAGUCUUCUGGCUGGGGGCAGGUUGCCUGGGCAAGAACUGCUUCUUCAAUUCCUUAACAAAUGCAACCACCAAGCACCCAGAUCUCUCUCUCUCUCUUUAUUUUCAGUUUUUUGCUGUUAUCCAGAUAAUUAAUAAAAACCAACCACGCAAAA